CUGGAAUCACGUUUCCAUCUUCAUUCUUCACACAUCAUCGGACCCGCCGCCAUCAUAAGUGCACUGGGUAACGCCAGAUUGAGCAUUGCGCUCGGGCGAAGACACAAAAGCAAUCAUGACGAGGGGAAAUCAGCGUGAACUUGCCCGUCAAAAGAAUGCCAAGAAGCAAAAUGAUCAGGGCAGAGGAAAGAGAAACGAAGAUGGCCUCUCUGCAGCUGCUCGUAAGCAGAGAGAUGCUGAAAUCAUGCAACAAAAGCAAAAAAAGGCAAGCGAGAAGCCAGACAGUAAAGGCAAAUAACCAGAGGAGGACAUUGUGACCAACAUGACACUGAAUUCUUGGCCUGAAAGUCUUUUUAUCAUGAGAGAAUAUGUCAUUGUGUAAAUGUGAAGACUUUGAAUCUUUAAUGUUUUACCCCAAAGUCCAUAAUGUACUUGUAAGGGCAAACCACCAAUACAGUAUAAUGAUUUGUGGUUAGUUUGUGUUCAGCUGUGGAGGAGUGAGUUCUUUUAAAUAAUCAGAGCAAGCCAAAAUAAAUGGGUAUAUCAAAACA